UAUCAUCAGCGUGGCUUGAAUUUAUUCUGCCCUUAAACUUCUAAUCAAACCAAAUAGAGAAACAUGCAUCAAUAGAACUUUAAAAAUAAAAAAGUCCCCAAAUGAAUUAAAACACAACAGACGCAAGGAACAUCGAUAUGAACCAGGACAACGUGCGGAAAAGCUGAUGAUUGGACGAAGUUCCCAAAAGAAAAGUAAUAAACUGGGGGAAGAGACGAAGGCGCGCGCAGAUUCAAAGCGAGCGGAACGUUCCAGGGUACGUGCGGCUUCACCGCAGGUGGCUGACGUCACGUGAGUUUAAAACGGGGCCGCGCGCUCGAGCUGAAGUGGCGAAGCGGACAGCGCUGUGCUGCUAUUGCGGUGUACGCAGCCUCUCCAACAAGCCCCACGGUGCCCUGCUCCUGCACAGCCUCUCUCCUCGAUUUACAAACACGCAUGACGAAUUUAUGGUUGUUUCUUUGCUGUUAAAAACCGAGAAACAAACUGUAUACGUGAAAAAAGCGGAGACUACAAUUUUACGCACGACGUCCUCGGAUGGACGGACAUUAACUGCGGCUUGGAAACAGGGACAAACCGUGAUUGUACUGAGGUGCAUUCCUUCAGUAGUGUAAUCUGGUCUGAAGUAGUGGGUAUACUGUGAGACGCUGCCCCAGCCCCAAGCACAAUCGUGUAUAUAUCCACAGCUACCAGGAGUGGCCAUGGGGCCUAGGCAGGCCUCAUUUCUAGUUCAGCCUGUGCUGGCUGUAUCGGUGCUCAUUAUUAGUGUGUGCUGUCUAAACCCGGAUGACCCCAACGUCUGCAGCCAUUGGGAGAGCUAUGCAGUGACUGUGCAGGAGUCUUACGCACAUCCUUUCGACCAGAUCUACUACACCAGAUGCACAGACAUCCUCAACUGGUUCAAGUGCACCAGACACAGGAUCAGCUACAAAACAGCAUACCGGAGAGGGGUGCGGACCAUGUACCGUCGCCGCUCCCAGUGCUGCCCGGGCUACUUUGAGAGUGGAGACUUGUGUGUCCCUCUGUGUACUGAAGAGUGCGCUCAUGGCCGCUGUGUUUCCCCUGAUACGUGUCAGUGUGAGCCAGGCUGGGGAGGACUAGACUGCUCCAGUGGCUGUGAGAGUGGCUACUGGGGACCUCAUUGCAGUAAUCGCUGCCAGUGUCAGAACGGAGCCCUGUGUAACCCCAUCACUGGGGCCUGUGUCUGCACCGAUGGCUACCAGGGCUGGAGAUGUGAGGACCCCUGUGAGCCUGGCUACUAUGGCAAGGGUUGCCAGCUGCAGUGCCAAUGUCUUAACGGUGCCACCUGUCACCAUGAGACAGGCGAGUGCAUCUGUGCCCCUGGAUAUAUGGGUGCUGUAUGUGGUGUGCGCUGUCCCUCCGGCAGUCACGGGACCCAGUGUGAGCAACGCUGCCCCUGCCAGAAUGGUGGAACCUGCCACCACAUCACUGGAGAGUGCUCGUGUCCAGCUGGCUGGACUGGGUCUGUGUGUGCCCAGCCCUGCCACUUAGGCAAAUAUGGAAUCAACUGCAGCAAGGACUGCUCCUGCCGUAAUGGGGGACUGUGUGACCACAUCACUGGACAGUGCCAAUGUAUGGCAGGUUACACUGGCCGCAGGUGCCAGGAGGAGUGUCCUGUCGGGACAUACGGCCAGCAGUGUGCCCUCCAUUGCGACUGUCAGAAUGGGGCUAAGUGUAACCACAUCAACGGUGCCUGUCUGUGUGACACAGGCUUUAAAGGACCUCACUGCCAAGAGAGAUUCUGCCCCCCACAGUUCUACGGGCUUAUAUGUGACAAAUACUGCCCUUGCAAUUCUACAAAUACUUUGAGCUGUCAUCCUCUGACAGGGGAAUGCUCCUGUACAUCAGGGUGGACUGGUCUAUAUUGCAAUGAGAUGUGUCCUCUGGGUUACUACGGUGAGGGCUGCAGCCUGAAGUGCCAAUGUGCUAAUGGAGCAGACUGUCAUGGGGUCACUGGGGCCUGCAUCUGUGCACCUGGCUUCACCGGAGAUGACUGCUCCCAGACAUGUCCUUCUGGAUUUUAUGGAACUAACUGCUCAUCUGCCUGUCACUGCCAUAAUCAAGCCUCCUGUUCUCCCAUUGAUGGCUCCUGCAUAUGCAAAGAGGGCUGGCAGGGUGUGGAUUGUUCCAUCUUGUGCUCCAGUGGAACAUGGGGUCUCGGCUGUAACCAGACCUGUAUGUGCUUAAACAGGGCCGCCUGUGACCCCAUCGAUGGCUCUUGCUCCUGCGCAUCAGGCUGGGUGGGCAAGUACUGCCAGCUCCCUUGUGCUGAUGGCUUCUAUGGGCUGGAGUGUCGGGAGAGCUGUGACUGUAAUCAUGCCAACAGAUGUGAUCCCAUCAGUGGCUACUGCCUCUGUUUGGCAGGUUGGACUGGUAUCCACUGUGACAAUGUCUGCCCUCAGGGCUUCUGGGGGUCAAACUGCUCCAUGACCUGCUCGUGUCAGAAUGGAGGCUCAUGCUCCCCUGAGGAUGGAACCUGUGUGUGCGCUCCAGGCUACCGCGGCACAUCCUGCAAAAGAUUCUGUUCUCCUGGGUUCUAUGGGCAUCGCUGCAGUCAGACAUGCCCGCAGUGUGUGCACAGCACCGGCCCAUGCCAUCAUGUUACAGGCCAGUGUGAAUGCCUCUCUGGAUUUUUUGGCCCACUGUGCAAUGAAGUGUGUCCCAGUGGCAGGUAUGGGAAAGCUUGUGCUGAAGUGUGUCUCUGCUUGAACAACGGCACGUGCAACCCUAUUGACGGCUCCUGCCAGUGCCUCCCCGGCUGGAUUGGAGACGACUGCUCACAGGCAUGUCCUAUAGGGCAGUGGGGUCCUGACUGCCUCAACUCAUGCAACUGUCACAACGGAGCCCAGUGUAGUGCCUAUGAUGGAGAGUGCAGGUGCAGCCCUGGCUGGACGGGCCUUUACUGCACACAGCGCUGCCCAUCAGGUUUCUACGGGCGUGACUGUGUUGAGGUGUGUCGCUGUCAGAAUGGUGCAGAUUGUGAGCACAUCACAGGCCAGUGUACCUGUCGCACAGGCUUCAUUGGUAGCAGCUGCGAGCAAAAAUGCCCUCCUGGGACUUUUGGCUACGGCUGUCAGCAGCUGUGUGAGUGCAUGAACAAUGCCACCUGUGACUAUGUGACUGGAACCUGUUAUUGCAGUCCUGGAUACAAGGGAAUUCGCUGUGAUCAGGUGGCCCUGAUGAUGGAGGAGCUAAACCCCUACACUAAGAUCAGUCCAGCCCUGAGCUCUGAGCGCCAGUCAGCUGGUGCCGUCAUGGGCAUCAUCUUCCUACUCCUCAUCAUCAUGGCCAUGCUUAGCCUGUUUGUGUGGUACAGACAGAGGCAGAGGGAGAAGGGUCAGGACAUGCCGAGUGUGUCCUACACACCAGCCCUGCACAUCACCAACACUGACUACUCACUCUCUGACACAUCUCAGAGCAGCAGUGGUCAGUGUUUCUCCAACCCAAGCUACCACACUGUGGCCCAGUGCAACAUAACCUCCUCCAACACUAACAAUCUGGAUGGCACUCUAACUCUGAAGAAAGGGGAUAGGAGCAACACAGAAUGGAGAGCGUACUGCAAUCUAAAUGACCUUGGUGUGUCACGAGAGGAUACUCUGAUACUGCAGGACAACAAAACCACUCAAGUUGCUAAAGACUAUAUCAAGCCAUCCAUGUGCAGCUCCAGUUCAUGCUCUCUGAACAGUGAGAAUCCAUAUGCUACCAUCCGGGACCCACCAGGUCUGGCCUGUAAGCACACAGAGAGCAGCUAUGUGGAGAUGAAGUCUCCUGCACACAGGGACCUGGCCUUCUGCACCAGCACUAACACUAACACUCGUACCUCUGCAAGCAGGAACAUCUAUGACAUGGAACCAACAGUGAGUGUUCUACAGGGACCCAAUGGACUGGCAACUGGUUUCUCCCAGAACCCUUAUGACCUUCCUAGGAACAGCCACAUCCCAAGCCACUAUGACAUCCUGCCCAUGCGCCACAGUCCCACACACACCCCGCCGCCCACCGAGAGUCCUCCCAGCUCCCUGCUGUAGACCCAGACCUGAUCCUACCUCUAAACUACAGCAAGCACCACCUGCAUCUGCAGGACCUCCUCCUUAUCUUUUUAUUUCAUCAAAUCUUUCUAUCUCUUUCCCACAUACACAGACAGAUACAUGACAAGAUGGCUAUAAAUGCUGUAAAGUGUUGCUUAAUUGGUGUGUGUCUACGUGUGUGUGUGUAGGACAACAGAUGGCUAAGAAAGGAUUGUACAGAGAACUGUAAAGAUAUUAGCAACUACUCACUUCUCUUCAUUUGGUUCCCUGGAGGAUAAAAGGAUUUAAUUAAGAAGGCCAGACUGAGAAGAAAAAAAAUCUUGCAUUCUGUAUCUAAUUGUGUUUAUCGCAGCAGACGACCGGACUAUUAAGGCACUGUUGUGUUGAAGAGUUCCCAUACAAAUGAGCUUUCUUCAAAAAUAGAAGGAACAUAGUCUCAGUGAUAGCUUAAGCAGGUGGAGAAGUUGACCCAAUCACCUGUCCACUGAAGCAAUCAGGGACGGAAAGGUGGUGUCACUACUAACCUUGACUAUUUAAAGAGGACUGAACAGACCUUAGUGAGAAAGCAUGGCUUAAUAGUAAACGGUUAAGUAGUAAGACCAUUUAGUUUUUACCUUAUAAAGACAAUUAUCAAUAAGAGUUUUUGAGAAUCAUUAGUUUUUCUUCUUAACACUAAGAGUAUAAUUAUUUAAACAUUUCAGAAAGUAUUUUAAAAUCUGCUGAGGUGGAACACAUCUCUUUAUAAAAGAUGUAUGAAAGAAACAGCAGCUUGGUAUAUAUACUGUGUAAUGUCCUAAAUUCCACUAGUCUAUAUUAAACUGCUGUUUCAUCCAAAAACAUUUAUGGAUGGUUAUAUAUCAAGUUUGCAGGUGUGAUGUCAUGUGAACGUGUAUUCAAGACUGUAAUAUAAUGUUCCUUUUUUUUAAAUAUAUAUAUUCUUUAUUUCUGUUUAUAUUCUUGAAUCUCAAAUGGUUGGCUUUUGAGACAUCUUUGGUUUUUGUGUUUAUUUCUAACUUAUUUGACAAAGUAGCAGUUUUGUUUUACAUAAAGAUGUAAAGUUUAAAUAGAAAACUAUAGCAUGAGCAAAUUAUAUCAAAUGCUUCAUUCAUUUCUUGUACCAUCCAUGCACAGAGGUACACAAUGUAAGUUAUUAUUUGUGUCUAAGUAGAUGCAUUACAGUGGGCAGUGAUCACCUCCAUAUCGUUUGGAGACAUUUCCUGAAUCCUUUUUCAUAUGAAGUUCAGUUUGAUAAUCCUGACUGCUUGUUUUUUUUUUGUUGUUGUUUUUUUGUGCAGUGCUCUUAAUGUGGUUCCAUUCCCUUCACUAAAGCAAUAACCAGCAGACAAUCACAUACAGCGACAAAAGUGCAGUUUAUCCAGCCGUACACAGCAAGUUGGUGUGCUUUAUCCCUGUUUGUGAAACAAUACUGAUUUGAUCUUUGUUUCAUUUCAUUUCAAAAUAAAGCUUACAGAGAAUAGGUUUAACAGUAGCACUCAUCCAUGACAUGUUGUGGGUGAGUUACUUCUCUUCACCUGAGGGAUUCUCAUGUUUAUGGAUAUGACCACUGAGAAUUAGGAAAAUUAUGAAGUAAAUGGCUAAAGAUUUAACUCAACACAUUGAUUACGAAGGAUGACAAAGGCACUUAUUACUAAAAAAAAAUCCUAAUUCAUUUAACGUAAAUCACAAAACAUUUAUCACAAAUUUCCUAAAUUACUCACUUAACCGUAAUUUUAUUUUUCACUUUGAAAUUCAAACUACAGUGGAUAGAGUAAUAGUAUAAUGAUAAAAAAAAUCACAGUACAGCACAGACAAAACAAAGGUUUUUUGAGGCAAUAUGUGAAAGAGAAUUGACAGAACAUCAAUUUCAGAUAAACAUAAGACACACCAGCUAUGUGCCAUGCUUAGGCUGGGCAUAGCUGUGCCAUCUGUACCCAUACAUCAUUGGCACUGCCCUUAAGCCAUCUAUCAGUCAGUUACAUGAUUAGUUACAGGGUCCCGAGGGCCAGUUUGAAAGAAGGCCCAAAUACCAUAUAGUCACAGAAUGCAUAGAGAAAGACAUCGUGCCCAACUUGACAGGUAUACAAUUUUCUUUGCAACUAUUCUGCUUUAGACCAUUAUAUUGAGAUAUUGUCGAUAGAGAUUCAAAACUACACACUCUUUAUUACAAUUUUACAUUACUAUACCAGCUCUUACAAGGGGGUUUCCCCACCUUAACCCAAAGGGGUCUCAGAAUGCGUAGCUUUAAGGAGAAUUCUUUUAACAUUUAAGUGUAACAGAGAGGGUGCUAGGUUUUAAGGAUAUACCAGAAUAAAUCAUGCAUAUUGUCCUCACUAUCAUUUCUAUUGUAUAUACACAACUAUUCCUUAGACAGCCAUGAUGCAAAAAUGAUUUGCAGUUUAUGAUGUUCCCCACAAAUGCCGUAUCAUAGGAAUGCUUGCUUUUACAAUCACAACAUGAUUAUACUGGGCUACAAUACAUUAUACAUUCUUAAUUUAUUUUGAUAAACAUAGUACUGUCCUAAAAUUCCAAAAGUCUUACAUAAUAGGCACAAAACAAUAAAUCAGCUGGCUACUAUAGAAUAAAUACUAAAGAAUUAAACUGUAGUGUGGGUUAUAUAAGGAAAGAAAUAGUGUGUUUGGUGCAAAAAUUUUGCGAAGCUCCAGCUUACAAUCAUCAGCUAAGUCUGUGUGCAGUGGCUAUUCUUUCUCUUGACUAAGGAGGGUGGCACAC